ACUCCACUCCUUCUAAACAAAUUGUGCGGUAGUUUAAAGUAGCUUUCCCUUUUUGUCAUCAACAACACUGAAGCUGUUAUGAAUUGGUGAAUGAUUAAGCAGAGCAGAUUAAUUAAUUAGAAAAAAGAGUUGAAUUUGAAAGGGUUAUCUCUAUUCUACUUUCUGCAUCCAAAUUCAAUAUCAUACAGAUUCUUUGGUAUGUUUACAAGAUGGAAACAUUUUAGUUGCUAUGAUCAGCUGAAGAAUCAUUCAAGGAUCCAGUUGAUUAAGUGCAUUUUAGUGAGACUGUAGCUUGAGUUUCUACCUUCAUAAAACUGCAGUGUAAACGACACGGAGACACAAGAUUUACAAGCUGGAUGCGGAACCAAACAAGUACUAAGUGAACUUGAAUUAUUUAUUUUGAGAGUGGUAAAAGUAAAUCAGAAAAAUGGGAUCUUUCAUAGGUCAUAUUUUGCCUGGAACCUUAUUUCUUCUAGUUGGCGUAUGGCAUAUAUGGUGCUCUGUGGUGAGAUAUGUGUCAAGUCCUAAGACAUUCCAAGUUCGAGCUUGGAACCCUGUACCGGGAUUUGAAGGAAGGCUCAAGUACUUGGAACUCUAUGUUAUUUCAAUUGGUGCUUUCAUUGACUUGUGUGUUGAGCUUUUAGUUGCUACACAACUGAAGUUUUUUGUUGGUGGAGUCUUGAAUUCCACUUACUUGAAUAACUUUGAGCACUCAGGAAUGCUUCUCAUGUUUUUGAUCUUCGGCGUUGUUUCCCUGCUCUCGGAAAAGACAAGAUAUAUUCCCUUGCCAGAAGGUGCUCUUUGUUUGAUUGCUGCCACAGCAUUCACUGCAGAGUAUCUUCUCUUUAACUUUCACUCAGCAACUCACAAAGGCCUAGAAGGCUAUUAUCAUGUCCUCCUCGCCUUCCUGAUUGGUCUUUGUAUUUUAUCUUCAAUUGCCGGAGCCGUUUUACCAACAUGUUUCCCAGUCGAUUUAUCUAAGGGCAUUGGCAUAACACUGCAAGGAAUCUGGUUCUAUCAGACAGCUUUUGUUCUCUUUGGCCCCAUGCUACCGUCCGGUUGUAGCAUGAAGGACAAUGUUGUCACAUGUCAUUCGAAAGAGAGCGAGGUUCGUGGUGAAUUGCUUGCUAAUGUUCAGCUCUUUUCUGCAGUCCUUGCUGUUCAUGUAGGAACUAUAGCUUCCUUUGGAUUUGCAGCUUCAAGAUAUGGGAAUUUUGAAGAACUUGCUCCCAAUUAAUAAUAAGAUGAAGAUUGAAGUAGACUGUGAUAUUAUGUUUCCAUUAAUUUUUUUGUUGGUGAAGUGGUUUUUGGAAGCUGUAGAUUAUUUAUUUAUUUGAGAGUAUACACUUAGAAUGUAAAUUUAAAUAAUAUGAGGGAGUAUCAUGGAUUAUUACUCUAUUUUUGUUUAGAUACAUAAAUAUUUUGCCACA